AUGCGUAUCAAUUAUAGUUUUGUCGCUACCUCUAUUUCCCUUUUGUUUGCCUUUGAUUUUACCAACAUGAACAAUGUGUCUGCAUCCCCUGGAUUCGAUCCAUCUCGGAUCAGAACACUUCUUCGUCGAUCCUUGAAUACUAGAUCACAUAAAUCUGGUGAAGAAAUCAAUAAUGAUGAAUCUGUAGUACCAGAAGCACGUCCUAUUCAACAAUCGGGUGUUCCUCAACUAGGACUUUCACCUGAAAUGAUGAAAAAGAUUUCAGAUGGUUUAGUAGGAUCUAUUGCAAAGUUUUCAGCUGAUAAAUUCUCUGGAAUCCAAUUUCCAACUCAACAAGAAAUGUCACAAUCAAUUCAAGAAGCAAUUUUGAUAUCUGAUCAUACAAACUUUUUUAAAGUUACUCAAGCUAUUAAGAAUUCUAUUGAUGCUCUUGCUGAUCGAAAACUUGCUGAAAGUCAAACUGGAAAGAGUCGUUCAUCAAAUGUUCCUAAACUCAGUUCUCCAUCUAUUCAAUCAUGUGCUGAACAAAUAGCAGCUGCUUUAUUAAGUAUCAUUGAAAUGUUUUGUGAAGAAAAAUCGUCUGGUGGUAGAUUACCCACUUCAUCUGAAGUAAACAAAGCAUUAACACCAGCCUUUCAAAGAAUCGAUUUCAGUAACCUUAAGAAAAGUUCAGAAGUCGUCAAGUCUGGCUUAGAAUUUGAUCAGAUGAGUUCGAGUCCUAAGAAGAAUUCUAUCGUUCAGGGACUUCCUCUUCCUCCUCGAACUAAUGAAACGGAAGGACAAGCUUGA